GCUACUGAUGGGUCCCUGCGGAGCGAGGACUGGGCUCUCAACAUGGAGAUCUGCGACAUCAUUAAUGAGACUGAAGAAGGGCCCAAAGAUGCCUUCCGAGCCAUUAAGAAGAGAAUUGUAGGGAAUAAGAACUUCCAUGAAGUUAUGCUGGCUUUGACGGUCCUGGAGACAUGCGUCAAAAACUGUGGCCAUCGCUUCCAUGUCCUGGUGUCCAGCCAGGACUUUGUAGAAGGUGUCCUGGUGAGAACAAUCCUGCCGAAGAACAAUCCUCCUGCCAUCGUGCAUGACAAGGUGCUGACUCUCAUCCAGUCCUGGGCAGACGCCUUCCGCAGCUCACCGGACUUGACUGGUGUCGUCGCUGUCUAUGAAGACCUGAGACGGAAGGGCCUAGAGUUCCCCAUGACUGAUUUGGAUAUGCUGUCACCCAUCCACACACCACAGAGGACUGUGUAUAGCUCCAACUCACAAUCCGGACAGAACUCACCUGCAGUCAACUCCCCUCAGCAGAUAGAGUCCAUCCUCCACCCUGUCACCCUGCCCACAGGGAGAGACACAUCCAGCGAUGCGCCCAUCACCCCCACACCAGAGCAGAUUGGGAAGCUGCGCAGUGAGCUGGAAGUGGUGAAUGGGAACACGAAGGUCAUGUCGGAGAUGUUGACGGAGCUGGUGCCAUCCCAGGCCGAGCCUUCUGACCUGGAGCUGCUGCAAGAGCUGAAUCGGACAUGCAAAGCCAUGCAGCAGCGUGUACUGGAGCUGAUUCCCCGUGUCCUCCAUGAACAGCUCACCGAGGAGCUGCUCCUCAUCAAUGACAACCUCAACAACGUGUUUCUGCGCCAUGAAAGGUUUGAGCACCUACGGACAGGACAGCCUGUUAAGGCACCAAAUGAGGCAGAUAACAGCUUGAUUGACCUGGGACCCAAUAGUCCUCGUGCAUUGAAACAGCCUGAAGUCACCAACAACCUUUCCUCUCAGCUGGCUGGAAUGAACCUGGGCUCGAACAGUGUGAGUGCAGGGCUGCACUCCCUUGACACCUCUGGCAAGCUGGAAGAAGACUUUGACAUGUUUGCCCUGACCCGUGGCAGCUCACUGGCUGAGCAGCGCAAAGGGGUGAAGUACGAAGAUCCCCAAGCCACCAAAGGCCUUGCUGGGGCUCUGGAUGCCCGGCAGAACGCAGGAACGGUGCCGGUUCCUCAAGCUAAUUUCAUGGAAGACAUAGAAAAGUGGCUAUCCACUGACGUGGGAGAGUCAGAGGAUGCAAAAGGUGUCACCAGUGAAGAGUUUGAUAAAUUUCUGGAAGAGCGAGCGAAAGUUGCGGACCGCCUACCCACCUUGUCCAGCUCCUCAGCAGGGACAUCUGUCUCCCCUCCCACUGCCAGCCAUCAUCAGAAGCAAGCAAAGGAAGAUGAUGCUAUGUUUGCCUUGUGAAUGCUAUGGACCAGUGUGCUGUGGAGCAAGAGGCUGUGUGUGCUGUUCUGCUUGCCCCAACCAGGGGCCAGCAGGGGAAGGACUCUGUCCCCUUCCUCCAUUCUCUUCCUGUUUUACCUUUGAGUUGUUUUUAUUUUUAAGCUGCUUUCAGACUUCAGAUAAUCUUUGUUGUGAUUAGGGAUGUCACACAAUAGACUUGUGAAGGGGGGUUUCAAAGCUGCUAGAGAAUGUGGGAGUUC